UUACUUUUGCCUGGCAUCUCCAGUCGCGGGAAAUUUGUCAUGGCUGUCCGGGAAGACGUUUAUCGACUUCACAGAUUUACAAUAUUGUUCUUAAGUGAAUUAUAAAUGACAUUUUUGACCAAGGUGUCAUGAUUCUAGUUAGGUAGAACAACUUUUUCAGGCAGGUAUUUGCCUGGUUUUCUUUCGCGCUACGCUUUAAAGCUUGUCUUUAGCUGUUAGCUAGCUAGUAAACUCAGCCAAGCGCCUCAGCUAUGGUCGUGUCCUGAUUUGCGCCGUGCUCCCUUUGAAAAAUAGUCAGAAUGUCCGAGGAAAGUCUCACGAGCCAAGAUAAAGAAGAACUGAAGAGGCGACUGGAGCUGCUGCAGAAAGAGUACGAGAGAACGGCACAGAGAUUACAGCGUGCUGAGCGGAGGGAGGCGGUACGAAAGCAUGUCCAGAGCACAAUCUCGGAGCAAAACCGGCUGCUGCUCAGCAACACGUCAGCCACAUGGGAACAAAGCUCUUCUUCUUCCCCGGAGCAGCUUUCUAACCGGAAUGUUCCUUCAGACACGACUAAGGUUCGUUUCCAUCUUCCUGACGCCUCUCCGUUUUCCACGCUGGCGUGUACACGAAGCCCGUCUCGAGCUCACCGUCUCCGCUCCAAGCGCAGCCGUCUGCGUCUGCAGAUCAGGGAGAGAGAGUCUGAUACUGAAGAGAGUCAGGAAAAGACGAGAGAGGGAACGGAGGAGAGGUGGAGGGAAGAGCGAGGAGAGACGGCGAGCGAGAGUGAGUGGACCAGUGCGGAGAAGGAUAAGGACGUGGAGAGAGGACGGACCGACGAGGAAAGGAAACAGGAAGAGGGGGAUAGAGAGAAGACAGAAACAUUGAAGAAAAAUGAAGAAAAUCUGACACCAGUAAUUCACCAACCAGCAGCGGAGAGUUCCUCUGUCAACCAAUCACCUCUAACGAAGCUGUUAGAAGUUAACGACCCUCCUGCUGACCAAUCAGCUCUCAGAAAUUCCCCGUCAACCUCCUACCAGUCCAGCGCCAGUGAUCAUUCCAACCCAUCCAACGAAACAUCGAGUCAGUCCUGCUCCAGGACCGUUAACGACGCAGAGAAGAGUCCAGGAAGCACCGAAUUUUUAACUUCCUGCACCUUAAUCGAAGGUUUGCCGUUUCCUGUUGAGUAUUACGUUCGUACCACGAGGCGAAUGGCGUCGGCUCACAGCUCUGUGGAUCUGAACGCCGUGAUCCAGAGCCAGCUCUCAAACGGGCGGGGCAGGCGAAGGUCAAGCAGAGGUCGCGUUACCUCACAACCCUCGUCCGAAAAACCUCCCGAUAAAAGCGGACGUAAAAAACGAGGUCCGAGAGGACGGCGAGGACGCAGGAGAGCCCGCGAGUCCGAUUCGUCCGGUCAGUCCGAGUCCCUCCUCCAAUCUCCGUCUUCCCUUCCACAGGAAGAAUCCGAGCCAAUCCCGUCUCUCAAACCGGAUUCUCAGCCUCACCUCAGCCGUGAGCUCUCGCCACAUUCCGAAGUGUAUCCGAUUUUCAGGAAGAGGCGCGGACGGGCUGGCGUGUCUCAUUCUCAAAUUCCUGCAAGCGUUAAUGAUUCCUCACAUCUUCUGCCUUCAUUAACGUCUCUCGCUGAAGCGCUGAGAACGAAGGAUUUCCGAAGCCUCAGCGGUCUGCUAACGAAAUUCGACGUGCAGGAUUUCCACCUACCGGACGAGGAGUUUGGCCAGCUGAAGCUGGAGCGGCUUUGCUCAUCCUGCUCAAACGCUGAAUCGGUCGCGUACAACGCGUGCUUCAGGAAGAACGGGAGUUCGAAUAUUCCCGAAGAUGGACAAGUAGAAAAUGAGAAGGUUGUUCUGGACCCAUCACCAUGCGGUGCUUCUUUAGAAAGUAGUCUUCCUCUGAUGUUUACUGAGCGAUCGCGGGCGGAGACGGGUAACGCCGACCAAUCAGAACGUGCGAUCACGAGCCAAACGCUCAAUAAGACGCGAGAAACUGAAGAUCUUUUGUAUCGAUCUAUCACAAACCAAGCAGAAAUGCUCCACAACAGAGACACACAGCAAAUCAAGCCAAAUGAUCCUCACACACACUCAGCUAGCAGGAGUUUAAUGCUAAACCUUAGCAUGUCCUCAACCUCACACACCCAGACCGAUCACAAUACUUCUCUCAUCUCACUGGGCGCGACCCCUAACGUGUUAACUGCAUCCCCUUCCGCAGAUCUCGCGCCUUUCCUCUUGUCUUCUGAUCAGGGUGUCGCUUCAAAGCGAUCCGAAGUAGAAGUGAAUAACGGAACACCUGAAAACGAAAACGAAGAAGCCACCAACGUUUCAGUCAGCCCUAAAGUGCCGAUACUGGGGCGUGAUGUCUCCGAGCAUACUUACAGCAGGAGUUACAGUUCUGACGUUCCGAAAAUGAAGGUUGAAACACCUGAACCGGAGAACAACAUCUUGAUAAACGCUGAAGAGGAGAUUCAAGGUUCUGAUGAAAAAAGAGUGACGCAGGUGAACAUGAGCACAUGUGAAAAAAACACAGAAAUUCCUAAACUGACAAACGAGGUCCUGAUUUGCUCAGAAACAGAGAGCCAGCAUCAUAUCAUUUAUACUCUUUCCCAAAAUGGCUGCCCUCUUUCCCAAAAUGACCCCCCUCUUUCCCAAAAUGGCCGCCCUCUUUCUCAAAAUGGCCGUCCUCUUUCUCAAAAUGGCCGUCCUCUUUCUCAAAAUGGCCGCCCUCUUUCCCAAAAUGACCCCCCUCUUUCCCAAAAUGGCCGCCCUCUUUCCCAAAAUGAUCCCCCUCUUUCCCAAAAUGACCCCCCUCUUUCCCAAAAUGAUCCCCCUCUUUCCCAAAAUGACCCCCCUCUUUCCCAAAAUGACCCCCCUCUUUCCCAAAAUGAUCCCCCUCUUUCCCAAAAUGGCUGCCCUCUUUCCCAAAAUGACCCCCCUCUUUCCCAAAAUGGCCGCCCUCUUUCCCAAAAUGAUCCCCCUCUUUCCCAAAAUGACCCCCCUCUUUCCCAAAAUGACCCCCCUCUUUCCCAAAAUGAUCCCCCUCUUUCCCAAAAUGACCCCCCUCUUUCUCAAAAUGACCCCCCUCUUUCCCAAAAUGACCCCCCUCUUUCUCAAAAUGACUGUCCAAAUGAGCCUGCGUUGAAAAUGAAGACUCCAGACACUGGUGAACUUUACUCCUUCUCUGAACUGGAUUUUCCUUCCCAAACACCAACAAGCAAAACGUCACCAUGUGGAGAUAUUGACGAUGUGUUAAACAAUGACACGUCUGCACUUCCUGGUGUCUCAGCCAAUCAGAGCGGAGAUAGUGAGGCUACUUUGAAUUUAGUUAAAACCGGUCAAACACACACGCGAGAUUCCCAGAGUCAACAUGUGGAACUCCUUUCCUGUGGAUCUCUCCGGAAAACUCAUACGCUGAAGGCGCUGGACGCAGGGUGUGUGUUGGAUGUGUGUUUGGUGCGAUGGCCGUCUGAUGACUGGUGUGUGUGUGUGGCCGGAGAGUGGAGUGUGUGUGUUUGGAAGCAGAAAGCUGGAGUACAGCAGUGGAGUCUUCUGUACACGUGGACCUUUACACAAUCAGUGAUCUCUCUUCAGGGGAUUCCUGACUCUUCUGCUCUGCUGUGUGUGUGUUUGGGGAGGCUGGAGAUCACAGAGGCAAGGAUACUGUACUGCCCCAGUACAGACAGUGAGUUCUCUCAGGCUGAGCUGUAUAAAGGAGCUCUGCAGGCUGUACUCGCUGUCUCGGACCACAGGGUGGCGUGUUGCUCCGCUCCAGGACUUCAGCAGAACGUCCAGGUGUUUACACUCGCUCACGAUGGCAGGAUCACAGAAACUCUGUCCCUGGUCUCCACUUCUCAAACCAUUCAGACCCUGGUCAUGGUGGAGAGGGAGAAGGACGCUCUGAUUGGUUGGACUGAACAAAAAAGUCUCCUCAUUUGGAACAUGAAAUCAGGCCAGCUGCUUCAGACGAUUCGCCUGGCGGAGAGCGUUUCCACGGCGACCUGUCUGAGAGGGUACUCCUGCAGGGGUGCGCUGUGUGUGUUACUGCAGCAGGCGAGUGCGUGCCAUGAAGAACCCGGUUCCUCUCUUUUCACUCUGAUCGCCACAAAUCCACUCACAGGAAGACAUUUCACUGUGCGCACCGUCACCGGCCCGUCAGCUCCCACAGAGCGGUUGAUAGACGGUGAUGUGUGUGAAUCUGCGCUCGUGGGCGUUUUCCAGUCAGGUCUGGCUAUCUGGAAGCUCACAGGGGGCGUGGCCUGUGCGUAUGCAAAUGAGCCUGCAGAAGUGUGCCGCCUGGCGCGGUGGGCGGGGCCUAACACACUCCUCACCGGGUACCUGAACGGCGACGUUAAUAUCUAUCAGUUUACACCUACAGAGAACAGCACGGAGUUAAAGGACUCUUAAUGAGAACAUGUUUAAGAAAAUAAUUUAUCAAAAAAAAAAAGUUUAUAACCUGAAACCAGAUUUCCUUCCGUUAAAUAAAAUACACACGUGUAAUACACAAAUACACAACAUGCACAAAAUGUUUGUGGUUAAUUUUAUAUGUUCUGUAUCAGUAUGACUGUGAAGUUUCUAUUUUACUUGCAAAAUAAAAUAUAUUUUUUAGAGACACGUUAUUAAAACCUCCUG